AUGACGUUAGCGCAAACGGUGGACUCUGAGUCAGAUGCAGGACGAGUAUUUCAACCAUCAUCACUAGUAACAGCAGGAAUCGGGCCAUCUGCGACAGAUGGCGUCUUUCCAGACUAUUCACGAUCUAACCGUCGCUUGCCAUUGUUCUCGGAUGUGACAGGCAUUCACGAUAUUCAGCAAAAGUCACAUGGAGUCAGAACUUUUACGAUCUCAAACGAACAAGUAGCCACCGCGACUUCCAACAUCCGCAUCUACUCUGUUUUCACAGGUGAAAAUGUAUCUUCUUAUGGGCAUGAAAAGGACACCAAACCAACUGCACUCAUGUUUACUCAAAGCCGGCGUCCCGAUAAUUUGGGACAAUAUCUCUGGGCAGGUUGGAGUGAAGGGUCGCUUCAGGUGAUAGACACAAAGACAAGAGAGGUCGUAGAGAAGAAGAGGGCAGCCCAUAAGGGAGGAUGCAUUAUACAGAUCAUUCGAUGCAAGAGUAAUGUCUGGACAGUGGACGAUACAGGAUCUGUCUUUGUUUGGCAGGAAGAUACCAUGCUAGGUCGUCCCACCAUCCAAAAUCCGCUUCAGUCUAUGACCAUUCCACCAAAACAGAUUUGCGCUAUUGCUGUCCAGGAUAUGCUUUGGUCUUCAGAUGGUAUUAAAAUACAUGUCGCUCGCGUGGGAUCGGAUGCGGGACGGCCUAAAAUGGCGCCCACCACAAUGGAUAUACCCUAUGGCAUUGGACCACUCACGUGCAUGGCAACAAUUGCAGGAAGUGGGCAGGUCUUUUCGGGACAUGAGGAUGGCAAGGUCAUCAUUUGGUCAAUUGAAUCUCGUGAAAAGGUGCGGGUCAUCAACGUGCAUGCCUAUAGAAUCAUGUCGUUAUUAGGCGUUGGAUCAUAUCUGUGGGCAGGAUUUGCCACAGGAAAGAUCUAUGUCCUAGACCUACGGCCGGAAGUCCCGGUAGUGAUGAAAGAUUGGCAGGCACAUAAGGACUCGGGUGUUGCCAUACUACAGCUAGACGAGGAAGGAUUGAUUUUAGGAUCUCGGCAUCAGGUCGGAAGCUGUGCAGAAAACGGUGAGAUCAAGAUUUGGGAUGGACUAAUGGCCAAGGAUCGCCUGACCAAAGGAAUGGUAGACCGAAGCAAAGAGUAUUGUCAAUGGCGUGAUCUCAAGGUCUUGAUUUGCUCAUGGAAUAUUGAUGCUUCUAAGCCUGCAGCACAAGACGUUAACGGUGGAGCAGACAGAAGGCUGUUCGAAUCAUGGCUUACCAGUAUGGAUCAAGAAGGGCCGCCAGAUAUCAUCAGCGUUGGAUUUCAGGAAAUUGUUGACCUUGAAAGCAAAAAGAUGACAGCAAAGUCCCUACUGAAGGGAUCAAAACGUGUAGAGACGGAAACCAUUUCAAAACAGUACAAACGAUGGCAAAUCUAUCUUACCAACAAGAUUCGGGAGCUUUAUGCACCUAUGGGUAUUAAUUUCAAGCUACUUGAGUGCUCUAAUCUGGUUGGCCUAUUCAGCUGCGUCUUUAUUCGGGAUCAAGAAUGGGAUAACAUUCGGUCUGAAUGGACACAUGUGGACAUGGUUAAAACAGGCCUGAAAGGAUACCAUGGUAACAAGGGUGGAAUUGCAACACGGUUGAUCAUUGAUGAUACCUCGAUCUCGUUUGUCAAUUGUCAUUUGGCAGCAGGCCAAUCUCACACGAGACAACGCAACACCGAUGCAGCCAACGUACUCAAGAAGCUGUGUCACCCUAAUCCAGCGAUCUCCUCAUCAACAGUCCAUCCAGAAGUGUUUUGGUUCGGAGAUGGUACUAUGGCGAUGGACCAUGAAAUUUGUUUCUUGUCAGGGGAUCUUAAUUAUCGUAUUGAUGUCAAGUUUAGCGAUGCAGUCGCUCGAGUUCAAGCGCAGGAUUGGCCUUAUUUGCAUAUGUACGACCAGCUUCUGAUCCAAAAGCUCAAGAAUCCCCAAUUUGUUUUGCGAGCGUUCAAUGAGAGUGAGUUGAGGUUUGCGCCGACAUACAAAUAUGAUCCAGGCACGGACACAUACGACACGUCAUCGAAGCAUCGAACACCCGCUUGGUGUGAUCGUAUUUUAUGGAGAGGACGACAUGUGCGACAAUUGUUUUAUAAGCGAUCUGAGUGUCGUGUAUCAGAUCACAGACCGAUCAGUGGAGGAUUUAUUGUGGGAGUUAAAAAGAUUGAUGAGGCUCAGAGACGUGUUGUGGAGCAGCAAGUGAAGGAGGGAUGGCUUAAAGUGCAAGAAAAAGAGAUCCGAAUCAAGAAGUUAGCCUGGUUGAGAUCCUGGGGUUGGACUGAUACACGGGUGGAAGGUAUUUUAGACCGAGAAGGAGGCGAUCUUGCACAAGUGGUAAGGAUCCUGUCUUCGGAGUGA